AUGGGUUUCCGCUGCUGUCCUCGGCUUCUUCGAGGAACAGGGGAAAAGGGGACCACACCGAUAGAGGGACCUCCAAGCGACGCCAUUUCCCCUAGGCUCCCUGACGACGCGUGCCUGGACCAGGAGGCGCUGGAAAUCAUCUUUGGUCAGUCCAACGACAAUGGAAGUCCUUUAGAGCUUCCCUGUACAGCGAUAGUUGGCCCGGUCGAUGAAAAAACCCCAAGAAAGAAGAGGGCCAGUAUGUCGCGUUUAUCAAAUAAGAUCCGAGAGAAGUUUUCGCGUGAAGGGUGGCUGGCAAAGAAGCCUUUCACAGAUGGAGAAGCAACAGGGGAAAGCGAAAUUGGUAUAAAUAACGCAACGAGCGACGGGAUAGUAAGUUAUUCAGCAGACACUCUUGCAGGCAUGAUUUCUAGCGACGGCGGUUAUGAUAGCGAUGCUCGUAAUAUCCUGACACCUCAAAUCAUUGCACAGCUUGCUGCUGGGCAAUCUGGAAAUGGCUUGAAUCCCUCGCAGGGCGUCCUUUCCAUUGAGAGCACGCAAACCCCACCAAAUGAGUUCCCGAAUACGGGCAAUAAUGUGGCUUCUUCCCCGGACGAUUCCACCCCGAAAUGUUCCGUUCAGGCAUUGGCAGAGGAAGGGGACCACCUAGCUAACAUCAACGUCGACAAGCAAACCGAGUCUGAGUACAUAUCUGCAGAAGUUUCCGACAAAGUUUGGUAUGCCAACACAACCCCUACCCGAAAACCAAAAUGUGCUCGAGAGAAUGGCGACCUUGCCGUCCUCGAAACUGGGAAACAAGCCUCUCCAUUAAGAAAUUUGGAAGGUAUGGAAAGAAAUACCAUGCCGUACAAAAUAAAAACUAACAACAACGCCAUAGCAAUUAACGCAAGCGAGCCAUUGAUUCACAAGAAGAUGGAUCAAUUACAGGAUAACCGGACUGUCAGCACGUCAGUUUAUUCUGAUUAUGAUUCCCAAGGAGAUGAUUCACCCUUAGGUCAUAAAAACAAAAUUUAUGAGUCUCAGAACGUAGCAGAAGGCUUCAACAACGCUGUGAUCUACAAAGGAACCCCGAAAGGCCCAGAGAUCCAAGAUGUAAACAGCGCAUUCAAUACCUCAAACGGUGGCAAAGCUGCAGUAAGGUCAGGUCCUACUCUUGCAUUGCAUCAUCCUCGGGUUCGUCCACGCAGCACAGUGAAAGAAAGCGGGGAGGAAGCGCCAGCUGCUGGAACAUCAUCCCCCUGCCCGGUUAAAAGCCGAUUCACUGAGAAUUUUAACGACGACGGCUUCUUCGACAGUCCUGCAGGCAUUGGGGUAGAAGGGGAUGGAAAGGGAGAGCUAAGAAACGAACCAAGAAAAACAAGUGAGGGUUGGCUGUCUGGAGGAAAAAGGCUAGGUUACAACUAUGACUUCAUUCCCCGGGGAGGUACUCUUACAGCGCCGAACCAAGAUGAACUAGUCCCUAAUGAACAAGGCUUGGCUGUUCUCCCAGUUGUCAAGGAGGCAGACAUUGAAAAUGCAGAAAGAUCCCAGAAGGAAAAUAUAGAAUCAGAGGUAACUGUGACUGAGCUUCCGAAUUCUAAGCGGAGAACAUCAGAUGGCCAAAACAAAAAGAAUGGAGGAGUGUUCCCUCGUCUCAGUGUCUUUUCAAAAACUAGAAAUAGACAAGCUUCAAGUGUUACUUCCAAUGCUACUGAAGCAACGGUAUCUGAGGUUCGAGGUCCGGCUGAUGAUAUCCCAACUGAUAUACCUUCACCCGGGGACAAUGAGACUGAGGGUACGGUGGUUGUUGGUAAGGGAGCCCGAUUUUUCAAAAAGUGGAAAAUGCCCUCCAUCUCCAGCGGCACUAAUCGCCACGAAAUAUUGAACGAAUCUACCAAGCACGUCUCCAGCCACUCCAACCACUCGGAAGAGGGAACUAUAACGUCCGACGAUGGACUAAAUGCCCCCGAACAAGCGCAAAAUGGGCAUGCGGCGGACCUUAGUCAUGCUAGUACCGAAAAUUGUUUCCACAGCUUGUCAUCUCUUGACGUGUUUUUCCCAGUUGAGAAUCAAGAACUAAUUGAAGAUGAUGAAAUUCCAGCUCAGACAGGAAUACCAGAGACAGCUGAAGCCUGGUCAUUGAUGUAUGAAAACUGUGUGGAUGGUCCGGCUGUAACUGAUUGCGAGUUUCUGUCGACUAUUUCAGGAGGUUCCAAUUGCGCACAAUAUGCCCCUACAAUCAAUGAUGAAUUAGGAUCCGAGGAUUCUGGGGGAUCAACCCGCGCGCAGUACGCUCGAACUAUCCGUGAAGCGGUGGAAGUGGGCGUAGAACUAGACGGUUCAGAGCUCCGUGAAUCGACCACUGAGUUCCAAGCAUAUCAAAUAGCAAAUGAGGCCAGCAUGCGUGCCGAACUUCUUCAAAUGGUGAAUGAGAGAUGGGGAUAG